AUGUCUGAGUCUGGAGCGAAACCGAAGCCAAAGAUUUCAGCAUCACGGCGUUUAUACUUAAAGACAAAAAUUCUAAAGAAAGCUACCACUUUGCUGGAGGAGGAGAAGAAUGACAAACAAAUCGAGAGAGAAAGAACUCUCGGUGAAAGAUUACCUCCUCUCACACUGAGUGGCUUGUCACCGCAAGACUUACAGAAUUUGUGUAAAGAAUUGCACCGCAAAAUUGACACUGUUGAUGAGGAACGCUACGACAUUGCAGCUAAAGUUGCUAAAAGUGAAAAUGAGAUUGGCGAAUUGAGCCAUAAAAUCUUUGAACUGAAGGGGAAAAUGAAGCGACCUAUCCUGAGGAGAGUGAGAGUGUCUGCAGACGCCUGGCUCGGAGCUCUGCUUGGCUCCAAACAUAAAGAGUCCAUUGACUUCAAGGCCAACCUUAAAACAGUCAAGAAAGAAGAGGAGAAGAGAGAGGAGGUUACUGACUGGAGGAAGAAUGUGGAUGCCAUGUCCGGUAUGGAAGGCAGAAUGAAGAUGUUUGCUGGAACAGCAUCAUAAUACAGUAUAAUGGACUGAAUAAAUACAAAUAAAAUGGGCUAAGAACAAUUCUAAUAUUAUGAAUUAUGAAUUGUAAGUUCACUGUGACUAAACGAUUUCAGUUGAAACACAUAAAGAAUACAUUUGUGCAAAAUAUUCUAUUAUUAUUAUAUUUUAACUGUAUAAUAAUGUUUGUAUUGCAGCAAUAUGUUCUUUAUAUGGGAAACCCUAAUAAAAUACUAUUUUCUUAAA